UCUCUCCCCCUUUUUAUGUAAUCGAUUUGGAGAAUUUGCUCCAACAAGUAGACUCCAGUCUUGAAGUCAGCAUGGAGAUGAAUUCCUCAGCGCUUUGUGCUUUGGCUAUUGUUCUGUUGGCAAUUGUAGAUUUGAAAAUAGUCGCUGCUGAAACUGGAGGCAAAUCUACAGUGCCGACCCUCCAGAAGGCAGGUCACUGCCCACGGCUUCUGAACGUCGUGCCGUCACACAAGGGAUGUGUCUGUGACGAGGACUGUCCUGGAGAUGACAAGUGCUGUGUCUUUGACUGUGGCGCCGUGUGUGUCCCACCUGCCUUCACAAAGCCAGGAAUGUGCCCUCGCAGACUAUGGGGCUCAGGGAUGUGUGCAGAGUUCUGUUCCAACGACAGUGACUGCUCCAAUGAUGAAAAAUGCUGCCACAACGGAUGUGGGCAUGAGUGCAUUACACCUUACACAGUGAAGCCCGGUCGAUGUGCCCUGCCCAAGGGGACCCCUAUGUGUGCUGAGUACUGUUACCAUGACGGCCAGUGCCCAGAAGAACAGAAGUGUUGCCGGACAACCUGCGGCCACGCCUGCAGCGAGCCAUGUUCAUAGGACGGCAAGGUUUGGGUCGGGAGAUUAGUGACAAUGCUAAUAGACUCCUUCUCUUUCAAGAACAAGAAUGCUUGUUGGCUUUUUUUUUUAAGAGGGGGUGUUUUUUGUUCUUGUUUGUAUUCCAAUCAAUAAAACCAUCUGUGUAGCCUUUAAA